CUUCUCUUCCUGAGUCCACCAUGGAGCUCCUGGGAGCAACCACUAUUUUCUUGCUGGUCUGCAUCUCAUGCCUUCUCAUUGCCACAUGGAGCAGAUCACAAAAAGGGAAGAUGCCUCCGGGUCCCAUCACAUUCCCCAUUAUUGGAAGCAUGCUCCAGCUGAACCCACGGAACUUGCCUGAAAGCUUGAAGGAGCUCAGCAAGAAGUAUGGUCCUGUCUUCACAGUACAUUUAGGCCCACAAAAAGUUGUGGUGCUAUAUGGCUAUGACGUUGUGAAAGAAGCUCUGAUUGAUCAGGGAGAAAACUUCAGUGGAAGAGGCACUCUACCACUGAUUAAAAAACUCUUCCAAGGCACAGGUAUUGUGACCAGCAAUGGGGAGACCUGGAGGCAGCUCCGACGGUUUACACUCACCACCCUGCGAGAUUUUGGGAUGGGGAAGAAGGGCAUUGAGGAGAGAAUCCAGGAGGAAGCCCGGUUUUUGGUGGAGAGGAUCAGGAACACAAAAGAGCGACCCUUCAACCCUGGCAACUUCCUAGUCCAUGCUGUUUCCAAUAUCAUCUGCUCUGUCAUCUUUGGGGAUCGGUUUGACUAUGAGGACAAAAAAUUCCUAACGUUAGUUGAUUUGCUAGAAGAAAAUAACGAUCUCCAGAACUCUACACAUACACAGCUAUACAAUUUCUUCCCAUCUGUCAUGGACCACAUACCUGGGCCUCAUCAGAAACUGAUAGAAAAUACUGAAACAGUUAAUCGCUUUGCUUUGGAAAUCAUAGCAGAACACCAGAAAACCCUGGAUCCCACUUGUCCUCGAGACUUUAUUGAUGCUUUCCUUACCAAAAUGGAACAGGAGAAAGGAAAUGCUCACUCAGAAUUCACCGUUGAGUCCUUGAGCCAAACCACGCUCGACUUGUUCUUUGCGGGAACAGGGACUACCAGCAUCACACUGAGAUAUGGAAUUAUGAUUCUUCAGAAAUACCCAGAGAUAGUAGAGAAAGUUCAAAAAGAGAUAGACUCUGUGAUUGGCCGAGAGCGAAGCCCCUGCAUGGCAGACCGGAGCCGGAUGCCCUACACAGAUGCUGUGAUCCAUGAAAUCCAGAGAUUCAUUGAUUUCCUUCCAAUUAACGUCCCACGUGCUGUGACCAAAGACAUCAAGUUCAGAGACUAUUUUAUCCCCAAGGACACUAUGAUAUUCCCUAUGUUGCAUCCUAUCCUACAUGAUAACAAGGAAUUUCCAAAUCCAGAAAAAUUUGAUCCAGGACAUUUCCUGAAUGCAGAUGGUACCUUUAAAAGGAGUGACUACUUCAUGCCAUUUUCUGCCGGAAAGCGUGUCUGUGCAGGAGAAGGUCUGGCCCGCAUGGAAUUAUUCAUAUUUUUAACAGCCAUCCUGCAGAACUUCACUUUGAAAUCCGCUGUAGAUCGCAAGGACAUUGACCUUUCCCCAAUAAUCACCACCCUUGCAAAUAUUCCCCGACCUUAUGAGGUCUCUUUUCUUCCACGUUAGCCAAGAGAAGCCAG